AUGCCGAGGGCUGGAGAUUUUGGAGAUUGGGAUUCUGGGUGGAGGAAGACGCCGUUCCCUGCUCAAGACGCCGGGGGUCGUGGGAGGGCGAGUCGCCAGAAGCUUAACCAAGGCUGUGCUGGUAGCGGUAAUGCUGGUACUGGGCAUGUUCUGUCAGGGAUGGGUUUGAUUCUGCCGCAGAUGGAGGGUGCUGAGCUUGCCGGGGUUCUGAUUCUGGAAGAACUUGUUUAUCGUGAAGAAAACUGCAGUCCUGCUGAUAUUUAUGUACCGGCGGAUGUGAACCAUGAGAAGGCAAAGUCUUUGGAAAAGAGAGUGGCUGAUCUGGAGCAGUGUCUUUGCAUUUGUUCUAGUGUUGUUGAGAGCAAGGAGAGGAGCAUCGAUACUCUGAAGCGUCGCUAUGGCAACCUGUUUGUGGAUGCUGUUCGUAUGUGCAGGCAGUUUAAUGGUGUUUUAUCUGUGGUGGCCAUUGGUUUGGAUGACCCUUCUCCUAUUCCUGAGGAAGUGAAGUUUUUCUAUGAUGGCCUGAGGCCGCCCAAAACCCACAUUGAACAAUUAGUUGCUGUUCUUGUCACACUUCUUAACCAUGGUCUGUAA